AUGUCAACAAUAACUGAUAGACACGCUCCUCAACCUUCGGUAUUCCCAAAGAGCCAUGUUGGUUUCGAUAGUAUCACAUCACAAAUUGAGCGCAAGCUCUUGAAACGCGGUUUCCAGUUCAACGUUAUUUGCGUCGGACAAACCGGUCUCGGAAAAUCUACCCUCAUCAACACCAUUUUCGCCUCACAUUUGAUCGAUUCCAAGGGAAGACUCACCCCAGAUGAGCCAGUACGAUCUACCACCGAAAUUCAAACCGUUUCCCACAUCAUCGAGGAGAAUGGCGUAAAGCUGCGACUCAACAUUGUCGAUACCCCAGGUUAUGGAGAUCAAGUCAACAAUGAUAGAUGCUGGGAUCCAAUCGUCAAGUACAUUAAAGAUCAACACUCUGCAUACCUCCGAAAGGAACUUACUGCUCAAAGAGAGAGAUAUAUUCAAGAUACCCGUAUUCACUGCUGCUUGUUCUUCAUUCAACCUUCUGGCCAUGCCUUGAAGCCAAUUGACAUCGUGGUUCUGAAGAAGCUUUCAGAUGUUGUCAAUGUCGUACCAGUCAUCGCCAAGUCGGAUUCUUUGACUUUGGAGGAACGUGCUGCAUUCAAGGAGCGCAUAAAGGAGGAAUUCGCUUUCCACAACUUGAAGAUGUUCCCAUAUGAGAAUGAUGAGUUUGAUGAGGAAGAGAAAGCGUUGAACGCACAAAUUAAGGACAUCAUUCCAUUCGCCGUUGUUGGAUCUGAGAAGGAUAUCAUUGUUGGAGGCAAACCAGUUCGAGGACGUCAAAACAGAUGGGGUGUUAUCAAUGUCGAAGACGAGAACCACUGCGAAUUCGUCUACUUACGAAACUUCCUUACCCGAACCCAUCUCCAAGACCUUAUCGAAACUACAUCUCAAAUCCAUUACGAAACAUUCCGUGCUAAGCAAUUGUUGGCCCUCAAGGAGAGUAGUGCUGCAGGACAUGCUGGUAGCAGACCAAUCAGUCCAUCAGCUGAUAGAGAAUUGAGCAGAAACUCCCAAAGAAUGACCAUGAACGGCUAUUAG